GCGGGCGUGCCGGGCGAGGCAGGGAGGCCCAGCCGUUCCGCGGCGGGAGGUAGGUGGUGCUGUUGCCGCGACUGUCUCCCUCAUUGGCGCCGCGCGGAGAGGCGGAAUGUUCAACUCCUGAUCGGGCGGAAGCGUGGGAGCCCCGCCGGCCGCUGUCCCUGCGACCCCCCGCCGCCACCCUCGUCGUGCGCGGGGCCUCCGCGCCCCCGGCUGCCGUCCGCGCCCGGCUCGGGAGCAGAUUUUGUGGAAGUAUAGUACUUUGUCAUUAUGAGAUGUCGUCUCUCGGUGCCUCCUUUGUGCAAAUUAAAUUUGAUGACUUGCAGUUUUUUGAAAACUGCGGUGGAGGAAGUUUUGGGAGUGUUUAUCGAGCCAAAUGGAUAUCACAGGACAAGGAGGUGGCUGUAAAGAAGCUACUCAAAAUAGAGAAAGAGGCGGAAAUACUCAGUGUCCUCAGUCACAGAAACAUCAUCCAGUUUUAUGGGGUCAUUCUCGAGCCUCCCAACUACGGCAUCGUCACAGAAUAUGCUUCUCUGGGAUCACUCUAUGAUUACAUUAACAGUAACAGAAGUGAAGAGAUGGAUAUGGAUCACAUUAUGACCUGGGCCACGGAUGUAGCCAAAGGAAUGCACUAUUUACACAUGGAGGCUCCUGUCAAGGUGAUUCACAGAGAUCUCAAGUCAAGAAACGUUGUUAUAGCUGCUGAUGGAGUAUUGAAGAUCUGCGACUUUGGCGCCUCUCGGUUUCAUAACCAUACAACACACAUGUCCUUGGUCGGAACGUUCCCAUGGAUGGCUCCGGAAGUUAUCCAAAGUCUCCCUGUGUCUGAAACUUGUGACACAUAUUCCUAUGGUGUGGUUCUCUGGGAGAUGCUAACAAGGGAGGUCCCCUUUAAAGGUUUGGAAGGAUUACAAGUAGCUUGGCUUGUAGUGGAAAAAAACGAGAGAUUAACCAUUCCAAGCAGUUGCCCCAGAAGUUUUGCUGAAUUGUUACAUCAGUGUUGGGAAGCUGAUGCCAAGAAACGGCCGUCAUUCAAGCAAAUCAUUUCAAUUCUGGAGUCUAUGUCAAAUGACACGAACCUUCCUGACCAGUGUAACUCAUUCCUGCACAACAAGGCCGAGUGGAGGUGUGAAAUCGAGGCAACUCUUGAGAGGCUAAAGAAACUAGAGCGAGAUCUCAGCUUUAAAGAGCAGGAACUUAAAGAACGAGAAAGACGUUUGAAGAUGUGGGAGCAAAAGCUGACGGAGCAGUCCAACACACCGCUUCUCUUGCCUCUUGCUGCAAGAAUGUCUGAGGAGUCUUACUUUGAAUCUAAAACAGAGGAGUCAAACAGUGCAGAGAUGUCAUGUCAGAUCACAGCAACAAGUAAUGGGGAGGGCCAUGGCCUGAACCCGAGUCUGCAGGCCAUGAUGCUGAUGGGCUUUGGGGAUAUCUUCUCAAUGAACAAACCCGGAGCUGUGCUGCAUUCUGGGAUGCAAAUAAACAUGCAAGCCAAGCAGAAUUCUUCCAAAACCACAUCUAAGAGAAGGGGGAAGAAAGUCAACAUGGCCCUGGGGUUCAGUGAUUUUGACUUGUCAGAAGGUGACGAUGAUGACGGUGAGGAGGAGGAUAAUGACAUGGAGAGUAAUAGUGAAUGAAAGCAGAAAGCAAAGUAACAAAAUUGAAAAUGUGUGUGAAAACAAAAGUAACCUGUUAUCUCAGUCUGUGCAAAACCCAGUCAGGAGGCAGAAAGCCAAGCCCUACAUUUUUAGGUCAGUCACAUUUAUAUGACAGUAAUGUCUGUUAUCAACUUUACUUUUGAUUUAUUUUGCUUACAGAAAAAUGGAGGGGAAAUUAAGCCAAAAAAGCAUAUUUACAAAUCAGCAAAUGUGGUGCCUGAUUAUAGAAAUUUGUGAUUCUAUAUACAAUAUAGUAUUUUUUAACUAAUGACAUUCUGGAUGUUCUUUAUUAAUGAAUAAUUUAUAGUUUGACUUUUUUUUUUUUCUUUAUUCAACUGGUUAAGAAAACACAGAUUUUGAACAGUACUCUUAAUUCCUAAUUCUUCUCUGACCCUUGAUCGUUCUGUACGGUGCAUUUGUUUUCCUUAUGGCGAUACACUGUAAUGUCAGAAAUGAUUAAUACUGACUGCAAAAUUCAACAACAAGAAUACUGAGGUGAAAGAAAGGUAUAACGAAAUGCUCUUCAGAAAUACCUAAAUGCUGAGAAUUUUUAAUACUAAAUAGCACAACUACUCAAAGUAAAACCUGAAGCCUAUUCUCAGUUUGAAAGAGAAAUAUUCUAAUUUGAAACCAACAGCAGAUGCUGCAGGCUUUCCUACCAGUGCUGGCCCUGGAAAGUUCUUCACAGUAACCCACGUAAGACUUAACCUGUACAUUGUACAGUGUUAAAGGGAUACUUCCAGGCCUGGGAGUGCUGAGCACGGGCUGCCCUGCACCCCCAGUAACAGGGAUGUGCGUGGUGUGUGUUUGCGUUCUGGAGGAGCAGGAUAAUCCCCGAUUCUAAAUAUAUGUGCAGAUAUUCUAAAGAGGAAAUUAAGUAUUAUGAAAGGACUAGUAAAGAUAAGUUAUCUUCACAUAGACAAAAGCACAGACUGAAAGGUGGUUUCUGUAUCAAAUCGAGCCUUCCAGACUUGCCUUUUUUAAAACCCUGCUCAUUGAUGCUGGUGUUUCUAAGACGUAGAUACAGAUACUGCUCGGUAAAGCCCGACUGGCCAGAGAUAUUCUCAGAAUGUUGCCACGUAUUUGUCAAAGCUUGUUUAAAUUACAUAAAACACUCACAAUUAUAUAAAGAAAGGCAAAAGAACAAAGACGUUUUUUCAGUCUAAAUUGGAAAGAAGUGUUAUUGAUUGGACGAUUAAACUAAAAUACUUUUGGUGGUUCUCUUUAUUGAAGUUUUAAGGACCUCAUCCUAGAUAUUACCUAAUACUAUAUUUGAUCAUUAAAAAAGCCUCUUGGAAUUUGAAGCAUGACAUGCAUCUAAUCCCCAUGGAGAGCUGGAAAAUGCCACAAAAUGAUCAGUAUGCUGUGCUCGCUUUAUUUGGAGAGAAACAACUGAUAGGCUGUUAAAUGUUCCUUUGGGUAUGGAAACCGGUCUGUAUAGCACAGUGACAAAGAGCCGUCUGAGUCUGAUCAUGAUUCAGAAUCCUGGGCUUGCUUGCUCUGCAUCUUGGGCAAAUUAUUUAAUCUCUAUGUGUCUGUUUGCUUAUCUUUAACAUGGGAAUAAUAAUAGUACCUACUCGAAAGGAUUAUUGUGAGGAUUAAAAGAAACAAUGCCUGUAAAGCACCCAACACAGUCCCAAGCCCAUAGCUACUAUGAAUUGUGCCACGGAAAAGACACUGGAAAAUUAGCGGUUUCAGUAAGCUUCAGGAGAACUAAAUUUCAAGUAAUAUUUGCUUAGUAGCAUGAGAAGAAAUUAAAAGGGGAUGGCUUUCGGGAAAGGUAAUGAGGGCAUUCUUAGAAAGCAGGCUAUACAAACACAUGUAUUCUGUGCUCUUUGAAAACCAUGAGCCCUGGCCAGGGUUACCUGCUCUGAGGUAGAGACUAAUUAAAUACAGAAAAAGGAAGCAAACCUUUCCUGGAAGAUGGGCUCCCCAUAGACCUCCUUUGCUAUAGUUCCUUGGUCUGUGCGGGCACAACAAGUGGUGGAGUGGAGCUGAAGGGCAGCUGGCAGCUCUUGUUUCUCCAGCAUGCUCCGGGGUGCUAUGGUGGUGCCUCUUAAAGCAGAGAGCCAAAGGCAUGGAGUUUAAAAGCCUCUUGCACAUCUUCUCCUUCAAAGAUACGUUCAUUUAACACAUCGCAUUAAGCCCCUUCUCUGUGCCAGGUACUGUUCUAGAAAAUAGCUGGAUGAAAAUAUUUGCGCUGCGGUACAUGCUAGUGCACAAGGGUCGACAGUGAACAAAACACAUGCAUCACAUGGUAGGUAACCAUCUCAUAGGUACAUGCCAAAAGCGAAGCAAGGAGGAUAAGGCCCCUGGGGGAGAACUGAGGUUUUUAAAGCGAGGUCAGGAGCAAAGCUGAAAAAUGUAAGGGGGUCUCUGUGGGUUAAUUUUGGGAUCGGUGCACUUUAGGUAAGAAUGUAAACCUUCUCAUUUAAGAACAAUCGGCGUACAUUUAGAACAUAUGAAUGGAAUGAAACUGACAUUUUUCUUACUUUACAUAUAAAUCCAUAUGAUUAUACAUAAAGUUUUGAUGCGUUAAUAAAAGUAGCCAAAUAGGGCCAAAGAGAAAAGUGUGAGGAAUCUAUGCUCAGCCCUAGGUUUACUAUUCAUUGGGUAGCACUUCCUUCCUCUCUUACCUGCUGCCAUGUUCCUCACCAGCAUUUCAGAGAUGGCCGUAGCUCAGUACUCUAUCUUCACGACACUGGAGGGAUUUAGAAUAUUGGAGACAGCGAGGAGUUUGAAGUUGUUCUCCACCUAGAACUGGGCUGUAGAUCACCAUCAUAUGGCAUUGGCUGUUUCACUUUCUGUUCCAGAUCAGAGUCCUUCUAGUGGUUUGAAAAUACGAAAACAUCCCCCAAAGCUGAAGCAUAUAAAUAGAACUUUGUGAAUUUUCAACUGGAAAUGUAUUGCCUUUACUCAUAAAAUUGAUCCUGUAGAAUUAAAGGAAACCCUACAAGUGGGUCUCAGCUGGGGGAGGGAGGCGGUGCUGUCAUCCGAUGGGGUUGGGAGCGCUGGGGCCUAUUUUUGGUUGUCCUAAGGUAACAUUCGGUGCCCUCUGUGAGGAAUGGUAACAUCCUGCAUGCUGGGCACCAUCCCCUCAGUAAAGACUCACAUUCAAAAUACAAACAGCAUUGUCCCUUCCCCAUUGAGAAACAUGUUAAGCCUGGCAGUUUCAGAGUUUCAUAUCUAAUUAUUUUCUCCCCAAACAAAGUCACCCAAUUCAAAAAAUGCAUUUCUAGAACCACAACCACUAUACAAUCUGAAUUUUGUGAGUUUCUGGCUUUAUCUGAAAGCAGCAGUUAUGGAAAUAGUUUCCUUCCCCUGAAGAAUGUUGGCGAGGAAACUUUAUGAAAUUAUGAAAUUCACCUGGGCGGGUCAUUCAUGUAUUAUACGGAUUCCACAGUUUAAAAGAAAAACAAACAUCUUAUUGAGGUAACUACAAUUCUGCAAAGUAGCUAGAUUAAUUUAAAAGGCCUCUUUUCCUCCCGGUCUUUUUUUGUUUUUUUUUUUUUAAGCAAAAUCAUAUUUUAAUGUUUUACAUAAAUAACCACCAACAGGAAGAGAAGGAGGGUGCACAAAGUCUGCUAUUUUUGAUGCUCUGGAAAUGUUGAGGGCAGGUUUUUAGCCAGGGAUUUUAACAUGAAAUGGAUUUGUCAGACACUAACACUAGCCGAGGCAUUCAAACCUAUUGAUCCCCAUUAAAAACCAAGGAAUUGGGGCUGGGGGAGGGUUUAGGUGAGCUCCAGAAUGAAUUCUCACAGCACUGUGUACAUAACUUUAUUCUUCAAAGUUUUCAUAAGGGCAGUAGGAGUUUUCUGAAAGAUUGUUUGAAAACUUAUUCUGAGUUAAAUAUUGAUUUUUUUUUUUAAUUUUCUGUUAUACUAGAUUUUUUGCAGCCUUUUAAAAGUAGUAGUCUCACCAUAUCACAUGUACACUAGAUCAUGAUGUUCCUAUAAUCAGGCACCUUUGCAGCUUUUGAGUAAGACUAUUUUCCCGUUUAGAUCAUAAGCCUUGCCAGAGAGAAGAAUCUAUUCAAUUCUUUCAAUGGUAGCAUAGCCUGACAGCUCUAGACUCAACACCUCUGUGAUAAAAAAUGAGUGUCUGUCAAGAAAUCUAGAGGAUGAACCCAGUUUCCUCCGAUUCCAGCUUCAUUCGCUCUGUUACCAGUGAGGAGCAUUCUGGCAUGUGAUUAUUUACUUUAGAACUAGAGUUUCAAGCACCUACAUUAAUUAUUUUACAUUGUGUGCAGAACAGUUUAGCUUUUAAUGUCGGAUACGAUACACUGCACAUACUGCUUUUGUGCUCUUUUAAAAAAAUGUGUACUAAAUAAUAGAAAAUAUUUAUAUUCUUUGAGUGUGAGCUUUGAAUAGAUGGCAUUAUCACGUUAUUUUUUUUUUUAACAAAAACUCAGUUAUUCUAUUGCAAUGUUAUUUUGAGCAAGUCUUAUGCCAAAUAUCUUGUAUAAUGUUUGUAUGGAAGAUUAAAUUGCACUCUUGUGUGGUAAGACUCUUCAGUUACUGAUUUUAUAGUUGGAAUUUGAUAUUCCAGCACGAAGUCCACAAUGUAUUCAGAAAUCCAAGUUGGUGUCAUACAUUUCAUUUUGAUGUGAACUUUUCUUUGCUUUCCUUUGUUCUAAGACUCCAUUUUGCAAUAAACGUUUUGACAGUAAA